AAUCUUUUUCCGCGCCCAUUUCACACUCUCCGCAACUUCACUUACGUCGAUAAGAAGGACAGUUUAACUACCAACCCUCUCGAACGAAUGUUUGUCUUCAACGUUGUUGCACUUUAAUUUCGUGUCCUCGGCUAUUAGUCAAGCGCCGUGUUUAUAUCUAAUAUAUGUGAUAUAUAUUAUCAACGUAAAAGACGGCCAUAUUACCAAAGUGACGCAUGCGCAACGAUUACUUGCCAAAUUCAGUGCUGAAAGGCUCAACACUUGUACUGUGAAAAAAAAGACAAAUUGAAGAUUAACAAUAAUAUAAAACGAGGCAGAAAUUAAUUAGCCAUAAUGUCAAAACCUAGUCAAGCACAGAUUUUGGUCAUUGAUCCACAGAACGAGUUGAAAUUCAGAGGUCCCUUUGAAGUGCCAGUCACAUCGUAUAUGAAGCUAAUAAAUCCAUCCGAAAAGAAAGUAUUUUUUAAGAUUAAAACUACUGCACCUAAAAAAUAUUGUGUCAGGCCAAACUCAGGUGCAGUUGAUCCGAAGGGUGUAAUUGAAGUGGCAAUUUGUCUUCAACCCUUCAAAUAUGAUCCGCAAGAAAAGAACAAGCAUAAAUUCAUGGUUCAAACAGUCAUUGCUCCAGAAGGCGAAACAAAUAUCGAAGCACUGUGGAAGGAUUUAAAGCCUGAACAACUCAUGGACAGUAAACUUAAAUGUGUUUUCGAAUUGCCGGAGGGCACAGUCAUAAAGAGUGAUAAUUCAUACACAACAAAUGCUACAGUCUGUUCGCAAGAAGGAUAUGAUGCAGUUGAUGAUAAUGUUAAGAGUAUGGGAGAUAAUAAUAAGAUUCAACCAAAGCUGGAAGCUACCGAAUCCGAGUUGCAAAAAGUUGCAAGUGAACUUGCUCGUUUGAGGGAAGAAGAAAGGGUGUGGAAAAGUGAAAAUGAUAUGCUCAAGACCGAGGUCUCACGGCUACGUUCUGCAAGUAGUUCUGGAGCAAAGUUUGCGCAGCACACAAAUUCUUACAGCCCUCCAGCAAACCAGCAGCAAGUAUCUCCGUUUUUGAUAGGCAUUGCUGUUUUUAUUGGAAUCUUUGGGUUUAUAAUUGGAAAGUUUAUACUUUGAAAAUCUUACACAAAAACAUCGGAGUGAAUUGCAAACAUAACGAAAUUGUAUAGUAUAA